AUGGAGCACAAGACCAAUACAUAUUGGAAAAAUGUCCUCACUAUCGUGCCGAUAGUAGGGGCGGGUGUGGCGAGUAUCAUUUACCUGUUACGCCUCUACUGCAGGCGAACGAAAGCUGUGGGGUUUCACCUGGAAGAUUAUCUAAUGGGUGUUGGUCUGAUCCUCUCCUACUGUGUUACAGCUUUUGUAGUAUUUACCGCCUUCAAUGGCGUCGGCCUGCCGGUCGCCUCGCUCCCCAAAUAUGAACGGAAGCAUGUUCAAUUUGGAUCAUGGAUGAUACAGAAGUUCUGGGCCCCAUCAAUCGCCUUUGUUAAGAUCUCGAUUGUCGUCUUUAUCAAACGACUCUUGGGCUCGAUCCGUGCAUACGUCGUUAUUUCCAACUGUCUGAUUGGGUUUAUCGCCACAUGGGCUCUCGCUGCCCUGUUGGUUAAUAUUUUUCAAUGCACACCGGUGCAAUACUACUACAACAAAGACUUGAAAGGACACUGCAUGGGGGGACAGGUUCAAUUCUUCCAGUCUAUGGGCUCAAUCGCAUUGAUUGAAGAUGUUAUCAUUCUCUGUCUGCCAAUUCCUGUGUUUUGGAAGUUACAGAUCAAUAAUCGGCAAAGAUUAGCAUUGAUACUGGUGUUUUCUCUGGGUGGACUUGUCUGUAUCUUCAGUCUGAUGCGCCUGGUUGAAUUUCGCAAAUUCGAGCUAACAGACCUUGCGGCCUCAAGCGCCAAAGAGUCCAUCUGGACUUGCCUCGAACUCGACGUGGCCAUCAUUUGCGGCUGCCUUCCAUUCCUUAACCCACUCGUGCAAGGCGUCCGCAGCAAAGUCAGAACUGACGCCUCAAAAUAUCAAUCCCGACCUUCGACCGGGUCUAACCUCCAUUUACACACGCGGGGAAACAAAGGCAAUUUUCGAGAGCUUGGUAGUGAUUGCGGAGCGUCAGCGAACUCAAAUAGUCGCAAUGCUAUGGCUACGGCAAGUCGACAGAGCUCAGAUGUGGAAAAUAAUAGGCAAAAUGUGGAUGGGCGGUCCGACGCAUGGGUGUAUAGUGAGGAUUCGGCGAAUCGCAUGGGAAGGGAAUGA